GCGUGUCCGCAACAUGGCGACUGUCAUGUUUACUGAUGAUCGUCCUUCACUUUCACUCAUCUCAUCAGUCAACUACCGCCGCCACCACCAAGAUGUCUAAUGAGAGUCCUACAAACCCAACAACAUCGAACGCGACUACCAAGACCAGUACACUAAAGCCGAUUGACAACAACGACACGGAGCAAGGAACAUCACUUGAUCCGUCGCAUAGCAACUUCUCUACCACCACCAAGAAGCCGGACUCGGGCCACCAUUCGUCCACCUAUGAACUCGUGCAGGUUCACUGGGAGCACGUCAAGGACCCAUUGGUGUUCACAAUCGUCGUCAUCGUCGCUGGACUCAGUAAGAUCGGUUUCCAUCAAUCGCACUUCCUGUCAUCUAAAGUCCCCGAGUCAUGUGUCCUAAUCAUAAUCGGCGUCAUAUUUGGUCUCAUACUGAAGUUUACCAACACCUCCGACAAGAUAACGCUGUAUGCCCCGCACGAGUUCUUCUUGUAUCUACUUCCGCCAAUUAUAUUGGAGUCUGCCUUCAGUUUGUAUGAUCGAACUUUCGUAGACAAUUUAGGGGGAGUCUUGCUGUUUGCCGUUUGGGGGACAAUACUCAAUUGCUUCCUCAUAGGUCUUACGCUAUGGGGUCUAUACCUGGCAGGCGCUAUGGAGGACAUAGGUUUCACGUUCGUACAGGUUCUCGUGUUCAGCGCUUUGAUAGUUGCUGUCGACCCCGUGGCGGUGCUCGCAGUAUUUCAGGAGGUAGGGGUAAACAACACGCUCUAUUUCCUCGUCUUUGGCGAGUCCCUGUUAAACGACGGUGUGACGGUAGUGAUGUAUAACGUGAUGCAGGUCUUUAACGGUUUCGACACUAUCACGGUUGGUCAGUGUUUUCUGGGCGUGGCCAAGUUCUGUAUCGUCUGUUCAGUGGCAACUUUGAUUGGUAUCGUUUUCGGGCUAAUUGCAUCGUUCUUAACAAAGUUCACUCACUCCGUCAAAGUUGUUGAACCAAUGAUUGUUUUUGGCUUCGCCUACAUCUCGUACUUGAUUUCCGAAAUGUUCCAAUUCUCCGGAAUCGUCAGUAUAAUUGCAUGCGGUGUAGUCUUGGUACAUUAUGCCUUCCACAACGUGACGAAAAAGUCCAAAAAAGCGAUAACAUUCAUCUCAAAGGUUAUGGCGAACGCCUGCGAGAUCAUUAUCUUCAUGUUUAUCGGCUUAGUGACCGUGAAUCAAACGCACGUCUGGAAAUCAGAAUUCAUUUUAUGGACGAUAAUUUUGUGUAUCGUUUAUAGAUUCGUAGUAACAUACUUCCUAUCAAUGCUCGUCAAUCGCUAUGCAUCUACGAGAGUCCGCAAAAUUAGUUAUAUGGAGAUGUUUAUGAUAAGCUACGGCGGAUUGCGUGGAGCCAUUUGUUUUUCACUGGCCGCUAUGAUCGAUGAAACUGCGAUUCCGGCCAAAAAUUUGUUUGUGACAACAACGUUGUUCGUUAUUUUCUUCACCGUGUUCGUUCAGGGCGCGAGCAUCAAAUGGCUCACGAAAAAGCUUCGUAUCGCAUUGGCAGAAUCCAACAAGGAAAUGAGCCUCAACACGGAACUGUCCCAGCAUAUGUUUGAUCACAUGUGUACGGCAAUCGAAGAAAUUGUGGGCUACUCUACAGGACAAUUUCGUCUAAAGGCGAAAAUAUACCAAAUAGACGACUCAAUUAUACGACCGAGGAUUCUACGACACGCUACUACCACGAAGCUGGAUGAAUUCACUGAGUAUUACGAGAAAUUAGUGAUGAAAGAACACUAUAAAAAUCUGCAGUUGAGUGGAGCCAAACUUACGCGAGUUAAGACAGCCAUUCGUCGUCUUGACAGCGACUUUGCCAUGGAUAAGCUGGUAGAAAGCGAAUCUAAACGCGAGGCCGCUGACUUGUUUCAGAAGACCGUCGAAAGACGAGAGCAGGAGAUGCAAGAGGAGAACAAACGUCUCGGGGGCGACGAUUUGAAAGUCUUUUUGUCGACACUGAACGCCACACAAAACCGGCUACAUAAGGACGUGCACGAUAAAAAUAUGACAUCGUCGAAGGGUCGCCGCUCGAGCAUGGUCAACUUCCUUCGCAAGAAGCGUGGAAUGAACAAGGCAUUGCGAGAGAUGCGCAGGAAAAGCGACCCGGAUGCAUUUGCGUUCUCGGACUCGCUUCCCACCAACCAAUCCUUCACUAGGUCUCCCGAAGACAGGACACCGAAACAUGCCACUGUUACAGAAGAAGACGAAACCAAGGCAGAUAACCAUGAACCCAACGGCAAUGUGACAUUUGAGCUAUAAAUAGUAAAAGUUACAUUUAAGCUGAAAAAAGUGACAUUUGGAUUAUUACUAGUAAAGUGUCAUUUGAGCUAUGAAAAGUGAGUCACCUUUGAGCUAUAAAUAGUAAAAGUCACAUUUGAGCUAAAAAAGUAAAAUUGACAUUUGAGCUUUAAAUAGUAAAAGUUAUUUUUUUAGCAAUUCAAUGUUGAAAGUCACAUUUUAGCUAUGAAUAUAAAAUUGACAUUAGUGCUGUAAAUAGUAAAAAUGGCAUUCGAACUUUAAAGAGUAAUACUUACAUUCGAACUGUAGAGCGUACUGUAUUCGCUGUUAGUUUUGGGGGACCAAGUUCAGGGAUCGUGUUUGCAACGUGUGUUGUUUAAUGACGGUAAAAGUGUAUUUCAAAUGGUGUAAAUAGAAUUAAAAGAAUAUGCUUUACUAAUUGAUGAAUUCUUUAUGACCAGUGUAUUGGGCCUAAUAGUUCAAAUUGAGUGCACAGGAUUUCAGGUCAAUUAUUGUAGAAUCUAGUUGUAGCCCAGGAGUUCAGGUCAGCUAUUGUAGAAUCUAGCUUCAGACUUGAAAAACUCAUGUUUAGUUCAUAACAAUUUUGUUUAUUGAAGUUGAAAUAUCACGAAACGUGUCAAAAUAAUAACAUGUGCUAGAAAAUACCACGGGGUAUUAAAUAAUUCAAGAUAUGUUUACAAUGAAUUUAAAACCAUUUCUUAUUUGUAUAUGUUAUUUUACAAAAAGAUACCCCAUAGUUUAACAUUUGACCACUAAGUACAAAGAUUAGCAAUUGAUUUUUUGUAGUAUGAUCCCUAUCAGAUAUCAUUAUAAUCAUAAUGGGCAGUUGUGCCUGGGGAGAUACAAAACAAAAACUGUCAAUACAUUAAGCAAAAUUUCUAUAUUUUCUUACCGCGAUCAUAUCAACUAAAUAGCCACAUUUAGCUUGCGGGUAAAACAUUAUUUAUCGUAUGUGUGUGUGUAUAUAUUAAAGUUUGUGAGGUACUAUCGCGCAUGAGGCUGCUUAUAUAAUCUACCCUAUUCAUGUACCUAUGUCUAUCUACCCAAAUACAGCAACUGUAACGGAACCCUGACUUUUUCCAAUCAUCUGCUGUGUUUUUAUCACCGUCCACCGGUUGUAAAACAAUUAUGCAAUUUAUCGACGAAUCAACGCAAAUAGCUUUUAAUAAAAUGCAACAUUAAUAUUAAGGAACAUCUGGGUUUCCAAAAAAAAUAAAAUAAUAAAAUAAAAGUAUUUGGAGUAAAAAGGAGGGUGUCCGAGAGCUUGAGUGUCCGCAAACAUAUCUUUUUCGUUGCCUGGUUGCAAAUACAUACACUCAUUGUGUUCAUCGUCGCUGUGUAUACAUAUAGUAUAAUUGAAAUUUGUUAUAACUUUGUAUACCAUAUUACAUACAAAUGUGUGGUGUGAUAUGACAUGCUUGUAUAUAUUGUUUUAUUCGGAAAAUUCGUAAGCUCAUUUCUAGAGCUUUUAAACGUUGUAUAUAUUUUAAUUGCAAUACAAUACCAAAAUGUUGCAUUUGUUGUUGUUU